CCACUUCUAUCCGCUGACUCCGCCGGGUGAAUCAAAAUUCAGCACACGGGAGAAGCUCUUUCCUUGCCUAUCCCCCAGAACCAAAACGCAUCGAGCGAGCGAGCGAGGGACAUCAUUCGUUGAUACGUGUUGUGAUAUGUGAAAGAAAGAAUGGCUCUGCUCUACUGCUACAGUCCCCUCGUCGCUUUCUCUUCGCCUCCUCCCUCUCCACUCUUCUCGCCAUCCUCCUCGUCGUCUCUGCUACUCACUGCGAAAGCAGCUUCCCGGUUGCACAUCAAACCAAUCGCUCUGCCCCCAAAUUCUUUCAGUGCAAUUAGCUAUCCAAAUGAGAAGAGGGGUUCACUAAUUGUGAGGGCUGAUUCCAAUGCCGAGGGAGCAGGGCCAGCUGAUGGUGGUGAGGCUCCGUCGCAGAACAAGGAAGAGGCCACGCCAGUUGACAAGCUGCCCUUGGAGUCGAAGCUGCAGGAGAAGGCGGAACAGAAGUUGAGGAUGAAAUUGGCGAAGAAGAUGAGGCUCCGGAGGAAGCGGCUCGUUAGGAAGCGAAGGCUGAGGAAGAAGGGCCGAUGGCCGCCUUCAAAGAUGAAGAAAUUGAAGAAUGUCUGAGCUACAUACCUCAAGAUGCCUGGCAGUCACCAAAAUUCUUGCGAAUAGAAGGUUGCCACAACGCCGCUGCCUUUUGAUUGACUCUUAAGGUUUUGCCGAGCGCCCUUUCGUACUCAACCAAGCAAGCAAAACUAUGCGUAGGAGACAGGAGUUGAGGGAAAAAAGAGCCGUCUUUCACUAACUUUCACCUCUUUUUCCAUGCUGUUUCAUUUGCCUAUGGUUCAAGUGUAAGGGUCUGUUUUGCCAUGAGAAAUACUACUUCUGGUACUCAAUGCUUGAGUGUAUGAUGAGUUUCUAUGAUUUUGGUUACCAUUCGAAUUUGCUUUAGGACUGAAAGUGUUCUGGGUGCAUCUUCACCCUGUCAUUCGUGCUUGAUGCAUACUGGAGCAUCAAAGUGUUCCGGGUGUGACUUGUCGGACUUCAUUGUUGUUUCUGCUGGUAACAUUGGCAGACUAGUCACAUUGACCAUCCUGUUGUCCUCCAAGAAGGUGGACUUUGCUUUCAGAUGGUGUCUCAUUCCUUGAGGACGCUAAUAAAGAGCCUUAGGUGCAAAU